CGGCAGCAGCCCGAGGGUGUCUCUCCCGGCUCCCUCCCGUGCGCCCCGUCCUGUCCUCGCUCGGCGCCGUUGGAUGCAGCCUCUGCAAGGCGGCAGUCCUCAGCGAGAUGGGGGUGGACCGGCGGCAGCGAGCCUCAGCGGCGCUCUCGCUCAGCUGCCUGUCGCUCACCUUCUCCAUCACCGCCUUCAGCAGCAGCUACUGGUGCGAAGGGACCCGCAAAGUGGCCAAGCCCAUGUGCAGCGAGCUCCGAGGGGGCACCCACUGCAUCCGCUUCAACACCUCCGGGGGCCCCAACGACAGCAACGUGGUCCAGUACAUCUGGGAGACCGGGGACGACAAGUUCGUCGACCGGAAGUUUCACGCCGGCAUCUGGUACUCUUGCGAGGAGCUGCUCCUCGGAGACGGUGAGAAAUGUAGAAGUUUUAUCAGCCUGACACCCCCGGCGGAUCGAGGGGUCCUAUGGCUCUCCAUUGCUGCAGAGCUCCUCUACAUCGCUUUGCUUCUGAUGGGCGUCGCUCUCAUGUUGAUUGAAGUUUGCUACUCCAUCAGCAUGCUAGAUGGGCUGAAGCUCAAUGCGUUUGCUGCGAUCUUCACCGUCCUGGCAGGUCUCCUGGGAAUGGUGGCUCACAUGAUGUAUACAACUGUAUUUCAAAUGACCGUCAAUCUUGGUCCAGAGGACUGGCGCCCACAGACCUGGGAUUAUGGCUGGUCCUACUGUCUUGCCUGGGGCUCAUUUGCCUGCUGCAUGGCUUCCUCAGUGACCACAAUGAACAGAUACACGAAAACUAUUCUGGAAUUUAAGUAUAAACAGAAAAAACUGGAGAGAAGUUUAAAGGCUAAAUCCAAGUCUUCCGAUCCCGAAAAGGCUUGGACAAUGUACAUCAACACCAUCCACAGCACACCUGGGGACUUGAUGCAUCACCUGACAGACAUUCGCAGUCCGACUACUCCUACAACAUUUGCAGAAUUAAAUAAUAUCCCCAUGGCACAUUGUGAAGAAUAUUGCUAAACAAUGUGACAGGGGGUUCCCCCCUCUUUUUUUCUUCCAUUUUUUUCUUUUUUGGAAGUAACCAGUGUUUACAUGAUGCAUUCUUCUGUAUGUCAAGGAUUGAUGUUCUAACUGCAGGACAUUUUGGUGACUUACCAAGAGAAAGCCAAGAAGAAAAACCUUCUUCCUUUUUAUUGUCAAUUUCCUUUGCUUCUGUCUUGAUUGAGAGUAACUUCCAGUAAGCACUAAAGUUCCACUGAUUUCAGUGUGGGCUGAUUUAAGCACAUGCUUAACACGCCCCUUGAAAUCAUGCUCUAAAAUUGUAAGUUUGUACCUAGUGCAUUUUGAAUGUGUUGUUGUUGUUGUUACUACACAAAGACCAACUUUUGUACUUUUUGGAAUGCAAAUGGGGAAAUUAUUAAUGUGAUUGUUCAUAAGAACAAUGAACAACUCUGCAGAGGGGUUUUCUUUUCCUUUUUUUGAGACAAACAUUUCUAUUUUAUCCGUUAAGUGGUUGUAACUCUUUGCUUUAAGAUGCCUUCAGGGGUUUUUGCAUAAGCCUCUCUUGGUAGGACUAAGUUUGAUAAACUCUGAAAACAGUU